UGGUAACAACGAGCUUGUUGUCUAGCGGUCCACUGUUCGACAUGGCCAGUUACAUUUCGAGUCGUAUGUUCGUGUUAAACGUCGCUUUAGUUCAUUUUAUAUACUAGUACAUUUACACAGGUUGCGCGUGACGCGAAGGGAAGUAUCCUAGCUAACAAAGGCUAACCUUAGCACUCUAGCUUAUCCGCUAAGUGGAGUUAGGUUCACUAUCAUGUUCCUGUAAGAAGAUGAUAACCUCCCGUCAGUGGUGUCGGUUGUUUUUAGGAUGUAUCGCCUUCUGUGUGUGUUUGCUUGGCGCAGUGUCAGCGUUAUCGUCUAAUUCCACUGUUAGCCCAACAACUGAAGGAGAAGCUAACGUUGUAGAAGAAGCUACCGUUGCCGUUGAAGGAGAAGCUACCGUUGCUCCCACUGAAAACGGUCCGUCUGUAGAGGCAGUGACUGAAGAGGUUCCCACUGAAUCCCCUGCCACCUCUGCCUCCACCGUGCAGCCGCCUGUGCUGCCUCCUCAGGGGUGUCUCUGUGAUUUAACGCCUGACACCUGUGACAUUGGCUGCUGCUGUGACACAGUAGACUGCGGCGUCGCUAACUUGAGUGCUGUCUUCACUGGAUGUCCACAGAAAGCCGUAUCAGGAGUUUGCAUCGAGAAAUGGCUGAUGUUCAGGGCUAACGUGGACUCAUCGCUUGUCACAGUGACUGACUCCAUGUUUUGUGUCCAAUCUGAGGAUAAAGCAGCCCAGUCUUUUCAGGGUUUCCCUCCAUCUCCAGCUUUAGGGGAUUCAUACCACUUCUCACCACCAGCACCAAUAAGCAGCAGUCACAGCAGACCUUUCUACAGGGUUGACGAUGUCAUCCAGACGUUCAUGGCCAGCUCAUCUGUGCACAGUCUCCUCCGUCAGCCGUCUCCAGGGCCCGUCGCUGGAUUGUGCGUCAGUCGCAACCCUGCAAAGUUCUUACGGUCCGUGUCUCUGUCCUGCAGCCGGAUGGUGACGCCUCAGUCUUGUACCACGGACCCAACUCUCAACGCACACUCCUACUUCUCUGACUUAAAUCUGCUCAAGAUUCCAGUAGAUGAGACAACCCAGAUAUCAGACCUUCUGAUCUCAGUUACACCUCGGUCUACGUGGUCUGCACCAGCCCAACAAAACGACUCCUGUGUCAACGUGGUGAAACAUGUGGAGUUAAUCAUAGGAUACACAGUCAGAGGGGAGCUCACGACUGCGACUGUCAACAUGGUCUUAGCCGAUGUGGACACAAAUCAGUUAGUGCAGCAGACACACUCUGUGCAGUACAAGCUGUUCACUCCCAGGUCCACUCCACGAGGUCUGGCCCCCACGGAUGGACUCAGAGUGGGAUCUCCUGUCAUUGGUCGCUUUGAUCGAAACGUGACAACUGUGACCACGGCCAUGAUGUCUCAGGGAGGGGAAUGUUCCUCUGACUCCAGCACACGAGCACCGAUCCUCUUCACACACAACACCAUCAGCGGCUGCACAUUCAGUUCCCCGUCGAGCAGCUGUUCAGAGCUGCGCUCCCAGAUCUACGGGAUCUUGCAGGGACUUGCUGCUCCCAAUGAGCUCGCCAUGAACUCCGGCUCCCAGCCCAACUGGACAAGAGUCAUCACUCAGGACUGUCGGGUCAGCCCACAGGAGUCAUGUGACACUGGCUGCCUCCUCCCCAGCUCUCUCUCUAUCCAAGUGCUAUGGGCUCGCCAGGGUCUCGUAGACCUUCCACAGAACUACGUCCUCGGGGCCAAAUACAUUUUCAAGUGUCAAAACUUCAAGUGUCCCCUGUCGUCCCGCCUCGCUCUAACCACCGAGGUGAUGUUUGCAGACACCACAGUUUACCCAGAAUCCCCCAGAGGCUCGCCUCAACCUGACUGGAAGUUUCCGUUUGGUUUCUUCACCCGAGGCGCGGCUGAGCUGGACCGGCACAUUGUUAUUAACAAAGCCUGUGACGCUGAGGUCACAUGGAGCUUAAUGCUGUUCACACUCCUGUCACUAACAGGAUUACAAUUCUCCACAAGGUAGCAGGACACUCGAGGCACAUGGACACAUUUGGCUUUUAUUUUUUUACCAUAUUAAAAAGUCAAAUACUUGUA